AUAAAAAACCAAAACAAAUACAAAAAGAACAACUAAAAGAAAUUGUGACAGAAAAAUAACGAGUGGAAUCCGCCUUGCUAUUCUUAGUCCUCGGGCAUAAUAUAUCGGACACCCGGCCAUUGCGAUAUAUAGUGCAGCCUUUGGCUUCCCAGCUAAAUGUCCGGUUGCCACUCUUGUGCCAUGCGGACGGCGUGUCACUCCCGACAAAUGCGUAUUGUGGUUCAUCUUGUGUAAUAUAAUUAUGGCCGAGUGGUCGUUACGAAAGUAUCAAAAAUUGGAUAUAGUGACGGUUGGAAGCAGCUCAGGAAGCAGUGCUAGCAGGGCAUCAACAGGACUCCUUAGGCGGGGGGCACUUGGGUCGAAAGGGAGCCCAUCGCUUAGCUGAUAGAAUGGGUGGCCCGAAAAAAGAGGAAAACCCACCAGGUGGUGGUCCGACGUCAUUGUUUAUCCUAACCGAGGAUAACCCAAUUAGAAAAUACACACGAUUCAUCAUUGAAUGGCCGCCCUUUGAGUACGCUGUGUUAUUGACAAUCAUAGCCAACUGUGUUGUGUUGGCACUAGAAGAGCACUUGCCAGAAGGCGACAAGACAGUAUUGGCUCAAAAAUUGGAAAAAACGGAGGCCUAUUUUUUAUGCAUUUUCUGUGUAGAAGCAUCGCUCAAGAUCCUUGCCUUAGGGCUUGUUCUGCAUAAACACUCCUAUCUCAGGAAUAUUUGGAACAUCAUGGAUUUUUUCGUUGUAGUGACGGGAUUCAUGACACAGUACCCACAAAUGGGGCCCGAGGUAGACCUAAGAACACUUAGAGCCAUUCGUGUGCUACGGCCCUUAAAAUUAGUGUCUGGAAUUCCUAGUUUACAAGUAGUUUUAAAAUCUAUAAUCAAGGCGAUGGCACCUUUACUGCAAAUCGGACUCUUGGUGUUGUUUGCAAUCGUAAUAUUUGCAAUCAUUGGACUCGAGUUUUAUUCGGGCGCACUGCAUAAGACUUGUUAUAGCUUAGAAGAUCCAAACAAACUAGUGAAAGAAGGGGAAUCGGAGACACCCUGCAACACUGAUAAUAGCACAGAGAAGGCGGGAGGAUCCUUUGUAUGCAAUAGUACGACGAGCAUGUGUCUGGAAAAGUGGGAUGGACCAAAUUCAGGCAUAACAAGCUUUGAUAAUAUUGGGUUUGCCAUGCUGACCGUAUUCCAAUGCAUCACAAUGGAGGGCUGGACGUCAAUACUAUAUUGGACCAACGACGCAUUAGGUUCAACAUUUAAUUGGAUAUAUUUCGUGCCUCUUAUAGUUAUAGGCUCAUUUUUUAUGCUCAACUUAGUUCUUGGUGUUUUAAGUGGUGAAUUCGCAAAAGAACGAGAAAAAGUAGAAAAUAGACAAGAAUUUCUUAAACUUAGAAGGCAGCAGCAACUAGAAAGAGAGUUAAACGGCUAUGUUGAAUGGAUUUGUAAAGCUGAGGAGGUUAUAUUAGCCGAAGAGCGAACAACUGAAGAGGAGAAAAUGCACAUAAUGGAAGCUCGUAGGCGAAAUGCAGCCAAACGGAAAAAGCUGAAAAGUUUAGGAAAGUCAAAAUCAACCGACACUGAAGAGGAAGAAGCUGAGGAGGACUAUGGCGAUGACGGUUAUCUAAAAACUCGUUCAAAACCCCAAGGCAGCUGUACAGGGUUCUGGCGGGCCGAAAAAAGAUUUCGAUUCUGGAUACGACACACAGUAAAGACGCAGUGGUUCUAUUGGUUCGUAAUAGUUCUGGUCUUUCUGAAUACCGUCUGCGUAGCUGUCGAACACUAUGGCCAGCCAACAUUUCUAACGGAAUUUCUGUACUACGCUGAAUUUAUAUUCCUGGGCCUAUUCAUGUCGGAAAUGUUUAUAAAGAUGUAUGCGCUGGGCCCUCGCAUUUACUUCGAGUCGUCGUUUAACCGUUUUGAUUGUGUCGUCAUUAGUGGUUCGAUAUUCGAGGUGAUCUGGUCCGAAGUUAAGGGUGGCUCCUUCGGCUUAUCUGUGUUGCGUGCGCUACGGCUGCUGCGCAUCUUCAAAGUGACCAAAUAUUGGUCAUCACUUCGUAACUUAGUAAUUUCAUUGCUUAAUUCAAUGAGAUCUAUUAUCUCGUUGCUCUUCUUGCUCUUCUUGUUCAUACUGAUAUUUGCACUGCUUGGCAUGCAAUUAUUCGGUGGGCAAUUCAAUUUGCCAGGAGGCACACCCGAAACAAAUUUUAACACAUUUCCCAUAGCACUUCUAACCGUGUUUCAAAUCCUUACCGGCGAAGAUUGGAAUGAAGUUAUGUAUCAGGGUAUUAUAUCGCAAGGCGGUGCAAAGAAAGGAAUGAUUUACUCUAUAUACUUUAUCGUUUUGGUACUCUUCGGUAAUUAUACGCUUUUAAAUGUGUUCUUGGCUAUCGCCGUCGAUAAUUUGGCGAAUGCGCAAGAACUGACAGCAGCCGAAGAGGAACAAGUCGAAGAGGAUAAAGAGAAACAACUACAAGAGCUAGAAAAGGAGAUGGAAGCGCUUCAAGGGGAUGGGGUUCAUCUAGAGAACGGCGAUGGUACAGUAGCCACUAGCAAAGGAAAGAGCAAGAAAAAGGAGGAAGAGAAAAAAGAAGAAGAAGAAGUAACAGAAGGACCCAAGCCAAUGUUACCAUAUUCUUCGAUGUUUAUACUUUCACCAACAAAUCCCAUACGACGUGGCGCCCAUUGGGUCGUAAACUUACCAUAUUUUGAUUUCUUCAUAAUGGUCGUCAUCUCAAUGUCAUCAAUAGCAUUAGCAGCCGAAGAUCCCGUUCGUGAGAACUCGAGGCGAAACAAAAUUUUGAAUUACUUUGAUUAUGCAUUUACCGGCGUAUUCACGAUAGAAAUGUUGCUGAAAAUUGUAGACUUGGGUGUCAUACUACAUCCUGGCAGCUAUUUAAGAGAAUUCUGGAAUAUUAUGGAUGCUGUGGUCGUUAUAUGCGCUGCUGUUAGUUUCGGUUUCGAUAUGAGCGGUAGCAGCGCUGGACAAAAUUUGUCAACUAUAAAAUCGCUUCGUGUCUUGCGAGUAUUGCGUCCAUUGAAGACCAUUAAACGUGUUCCAAAAUUAAAAGCCGUCUUCGAUUGCGUCGUGAAUUCAUUAAAAAAUGUUGUUAACAUUCUAAUCGUGUACAUAUUGUUUCAAUUUAUAUUUUCUGUUAUUGGUGUACAAUUGUUCAAUGGAAAAUUUUUUUAUUGUACGGACGAAAGUAAACAUACUUCCGAAGAGUGCCAGGGCUCGUAUUUUAAAUACGAGGAAGACGAGUUGCUGCCCAAACAGGAGAUGCGAGUGUGGAAGCCCCGCAGCUUCCAUUACGAUAAUGUCGCCGCAGCCAUGUUGACGCUUUUUGCUGUACAAACCGGCGAAGGAUGGCCACAGGUCUUGCAACACUCAAUGGCUGCCACUUAUGAAGAUAGGGGUCCAAUCCAAAAUUUCCGGAUCGAAAUGUCCAUCUUUUAUAUAGUAUAUUUUAUUGUAUUUCCAUUCUUCUUCGUCAACAUAUUCGUCGCCUUGAUAAUUAUUACAUUUCAAGAGCAAGGCGAAGCUGAAUUACAAGACGGUGAAAUUGACAAAAAUCAGAAAUCUUGUAUUGAUUUUACAAUUGGAGCUCGACCUCUUGAACGUUAUAUGCCAAAAAAUCGGAAUACUUUUAAGUACAAAGUGUGGCGCAUUGUUGUCUCUACCCCAUUCGAAUACUUUAUAAUGAUGCUGAUUGUUUUCAAUACACUGCUAUUGAUGAUGAAGUAUCAUAAUCAAAGUGAGAUGUAUGAAAAAUCACUCAAAUACAUCAACAUGGGAUUCACAGGCAUGUUCAGUGUUGAAACUGUUCUUAAGAUAAUUGGAUUCGGUGUCAAGAACUUUUUCAAGGAUCCGUGGAACAUUUUUGAUCUUAUUACUGUAUUAGGCAGCAUUGUGGAUGCACUCUGGAUGGAAUUCGGGCACGAUGAUUCGAACUCAAUCAACGUUGGCUUCCUGCGUUUGUUUCGUGCGGCGCGUCUUAUAAAAUUACUUCGUCAAGGAUAUACAAUACGCAUUCUCCUGUGGACAUUUGUACAAUCUUUUAAAGCACUUCCAUAUGUCUGUUUGCUUAUUGCAAUGCUAUUUUUUAUUUACGCCAUUAUUGGCAUGCAGGUAUUCGGAAAUAUCAAACUAGGUACAGUGGAAAAUUCCAUUACUAGGCACAACAACUUCCAGUCAUUUAUACAAGGCGUCAUGUUGCUUUUCAGAUGUGCAACGGGCGAAGCGUGGCCCAACAUAAUGCUCGCAUGCCUCAAAGGGAAGGCCUGUGACGAUGAUGCCGAGAAGGGUGCCGGAGAGUACUGUGGUUCGACGUUGGCCUACGCCUAUUUCGUAUCGUUUAUAUUCUUUUGUUCGUUUCUAAUGUUAAAUCUGUUCGUGGCCGUCAUCAUGGAUAAUUUCGAUUAUCUCACGAGGGACUCAAGUAUACUGGGUGCUCAUCACUUAGACGAAUUUGUGCGCAUAUGGGCGGAAUAUGAUCCAAAUGCGACUGGUAGAAUACAUUAUACCGAAAUGUAUGAUAUGCUGAAAAACAUGGAUCCUCCUUUGGGAUUUGGUAACAAAUGUCCAAACCGACUUGCCUACAAGAAACUUAUACGUAUGAAUAUGCCAUUGGACGAUGAAUUAAGAGUCCAAUUCACCACAACGUUGUUUGCUCUGAUUCGGGAGAAUCUUAGCAUUAAAAUGCGAGCACCGGAGGAAAUGGAUCAGGCGGACAUAGAGCUCAGGGAAACCAUCACGAACAUUUGGCCAUUGCAGGCCAAGAAAAUGUUAAAUCUGUUGGUUCCUCCCAUUGAUCAAUUGAACAAAGGAAAACUGUCAGUUGGUAAAAUCUAUGCAGGUUUUCUCAUAUUGGAAUCCUGGAGAAAUACAAGAUUCGGACAGAUUGAUUCAGGCAUGCCGAAUUGGAAGGAGCGGAAGAAACCCGAUGAUGAUGAUGAUCGUAAAUAUAGCCCAACGGCAGUCGAGGAGCCGAAACAAUCAUUCUUUAACUGCCUGCUCGAUAUGGCAGCCCUUGACAAAGGAGGAUCGCGACAGGGCUCCAUAAGUUUUGAGCCGAAUGGGGAAGGAGGCGCCAACUCACAAACACAUUUAUUAGCAAGCACUUAUCACGCAAAUGGUGAUGUCGAACACAACAGUUUGGCAACACUUGCACGUCGGAGUACGAUCAGAAAGCGAUCUGUUAGAAACAAAAAGGUGAAUAAGUUUGAUAAACUCCAAGCGAUGCUGGAUCUACAAGAUUCGUCGAGACAUCCAUCACAAGAAUCGCUGACUGGUCCCGAUGCUGGCCAUUUACAUCCUGGACAUUCGUAUAUAAAUGGCCAUCGGCAUUCGCCUAGCUUGAGACACAACGGUUCUCCUUUGGCCAGAUCGCCAAGUCCUAGACGACGCGGCCAUCAAUACAUACAUCAUGAUAUCGGGUUCUCCGAUACCGUAUCUAAUGUUGUAGAGAUGGUCAAGGAGACUCGACAUCCUAGGCAUAGCAAUAGUCAUCAACGGUAUCCAAGAGGUUCAUGGUCAGCAUCGACAAGUCCGGCCCGUUCGCCCUCGCCUUCUCGUUAUGGUGGUCAUUUGUCUCGCAGUAAACGCACUCAACUGCCUUAUCCCACAUAUGGGACAACAAGUUUAUGUCAAAGAUCACGAUCGCCGAGUCCCGCUCGACUUCAGGAGAUGCGUGAACGAGACAGACUUGGUUAUGGGAUUGAUAUGGGUGGCCCGCAUGUACAGCACAGCUACCCAACGUUGGCCUCUCGUCGUGCUGGCAUUGGACGACGCCUACCACCGACUCCAAGCAAACCGUCGACCCUUCAGCUUAAGCCAACCAACAUUAAUUUUCCAAAGCUGAAUGCGAGUCCAACCCACACACACCACUCAACACCCCACAGUGUUCACUCGCUGCCACAUCACCGCGACCUACUGCGGGAUCCAAGAGAAGUGUAUUAUAGUAGUAGAGAACGUGAUCGUGAUCGCGACCGCUUUAGAGAUCGAGAUCGAUUGCACGAGUAUGACCUGCGUUAUGAGUAUCGAGACCGGGAACGUGAGUUGUACGAACGUGAACGGGAACGUGAGCGGGAAGUGGAAAGAGAAAGACUGGAAUAUAUAGCACCGUUGUCAUUUGAACAAGCGUUGGCUAUGGGCCGAACGGGUCGUGUACUGCCAUCUCCAGUUCUUAAUGGAUUUAAGCCAAAGAGCGGACUUAAUACUCGACACUCCGAUUCGGAUGAGGAGGAUUGGUGCUAGCAAAGGCUUUGAUUGCGAUCGCGUAAUCCAAAGGAUCAGAUCUGGGUAUAGCAUCAGGCCAAAUGGUCAUCGUUAUCAGCACCAAACUUAGAUCACAAUUUUGAUACGAUACGAAACAAAAUAAAUCAAUAUACUACCACCACAACAACAUUAGAAGCAAGAGCAACAGCAUUCGAUAUUCAAUUAGCUCAAGGCAGCUCACAAGCAUAUGCUUUAAACCCAAAUCGACAGCCGCAAUCGCAACAAUUCUUAACAGGACAGCCAGACACAAGCUACGAGUAUUCGCAUUGCGAUGCCUCACCGUCAGCAAUACCAGUCCGCAUAGUACUGUCAUUGCCAGAAACAAGAACAACAUCGCCCCUAUCGGAUAUACUAGUAAGCAGAAAAUUAAGCAAAGCAACAAAUGCAAUACCAAUGACACCAAGUAAUCAAACAACAUCAGUCCCUAUUCAAAAGGUUUAUUCAGAUAACGAUAUAAAUUAUAAUACCGCCACUUUAAAUGAUAGAUUUGCGUUAUCUGCCGAUUUUAUCGCGCCUAAUUAUUGCCAACAUAGCUCUAUUCAAGAUUAUGAGAAACUUACACCAGAAGACCAGCAACAUUCGUAUCAUACACUUUAAAUUCCGAACCCGCUUAAAAAUAAGACCCCGAAACAAGAACUUAAAAAAAAAAUAUUGAUUAGACUCUGUCAUAAAAUAUGUGAAACGCAUUGUAUGUAAGGCCUAAAAAUAUUUCGAAUAUGUGUAGCCAUACAUAGUUCUAAAUAGCUAGUAUCUAUAUAUAUAUAUAUAUAUGUAGGUACACGCAUACAUUGUAAGUUAUUUAAUACAUAUUUACAUGCAUAACUCGAUAAAUCUGUAACCCAUUUGCAAGCGUUUUUGUCUUGUUUAUAUUUAAAGCUAAUAAUUCAAUUAUGUACAUUUAAAUGCAGUACUAUCUUUAUUAUUAUACGAUUGUGCAUAUUAUCAAAUAUUAUUGUAGAUAUCAAAUUUUUUAUGUAAUGUAUUUAUCUACGACUACGAUUAUGCUAGCAGAAAUAGAACUCAUUUCGAGCCCAUACGGAUGAAUUGUGUACAUUAGUGCGGAUAUUUAAAAAAAAAAUGCAUGCGAGAAAUACUGUUUUAAGUACAUACUAUGUUUUAAGCAUUGAUAAGUAUGUAUGUGUAUGUAUGUGUGUAUGUGCGUGUGUUUGUGUGUGUGUAUGUAUGUGCGUGAUUUUGAUGGAGUUUCAAUUCUUGCGUGCAUGUAAGUGUCUUAAGAUCCAUUGGUAUUAAAGUAUACUAAAAUUUAGCUAUUUUCAGUUCCAUGUGCAUAGGUAUUUAUAAUUAUGUUGCUGGUCGAAAAUUAUUAUGUUAAUGCAUUUUUGUUGUCUUCCUUUAUUGCAUACAAAAAUUGCACUCUCAUAUUUAUGUAUGUAUGCUAUUGUACAUAUGUAUGUAUAUUUGUUAUUCUGUUGGCGUAGGAUAUACAAAAUUUUCUAUAUCUGUUCAAAUUUGGUAGAGGGUUUCCCGUAUGUUUCCGUGAUUGAUUUCUGUUAUAAGGCCUCAUAUUUAAGCUUGAUCUAAUCCAAUUGUUGCUUUGUAACAUUGCAUAUAUGUACAUGCAGCCGUAUACUUACAUACACACAUAAACGAUAUGCAUGGAUAGGUAUAUAAGUAUUUAAGUAUUGAACCACAUAGACAGCCAUGACAUACAUACAUAGAUACAUUUUUGAGCGAGUCUGACAAUAGAUUUUCCCUAAGAUAACCAUAGCAACAGAUAAAGAAGCAGCCUGGUGAAAGAUGUAAAACGCAUGUAGAUCACAUUUACAUAUAUAAACACUAUUGACAUUCCAAAUCAAAACCAGUAAGCGUUUAGAUAGUUAAAUCUGUGAAUAUGUAGAUGUUGAACGAGGGAAUAUUGAAGAGCGCACAAAUAUUGUAAUUUAAAUAAAAAUGAAUCCAUAAUUUAAGUUAAAAUUAAAACCGCUGAGCAUUAAUGCGAAUUUACGCAAUAUAUAAAGUAUCAAGCGUAUGAAAGCAAACACCAACUAAAGGAUUGACUUUAAAUAGUACAUACGAUACAUAUUUAUAUAGUUUGUAUUUAGGCUAGUUGAAUACUACUUUUACAUUAUCAAACACAAUAUUCGAUAGUUACAUCAAUCUUUUAAACUCAACGCAGCUAAGUGCAUGUCAAAUGUGCAUAUAUACAUACAUACUGAUGUAAAUAUAUUAUCUACGCACAUGAAUGUAUACAUGACAUAUACAAUCGUGUUUAACAAGUCUUAAGAGUCAAAGCUAAGUGAACCCAAAUUUACUAAAAACAAAAUUUUAUGUUAGAAAAGUAAUAAAUGGCAUAUAAUGUGUGCCUUUAAUAUUCAACUACUAUUAAAACACAACACACCUCUCAAAGUUAUUAUUUAUUAUUUAUUUUUUUCUUUAUAAGUUGAAUAUGUAUAACGUCGAUCCGUGAUUUAAUAUUCACACCUUAGUAUCUACAAUGUAUGUUUGUAUGUAUGUACAUGGACAUCCGAAUUCACAGUUCGCUCGCUAACGGCUUUAUAAUAACAUUAGUACAAUUAAAUCAACCUGCGAAUAUUUGCAGUCACCUAAUUGCCAAAAAAAAAAGAAAAAAUAAAGAAAUAAAAAUAUAAAAUCGACCUAUUAAGUACAAAAUUAAUAACUAUAAAAGAAAUUGUAAAAAAAGUUGAAAUUUGUUUUGUCCCUGGACCUUUUUCUUAUGUUUUAAGUAAUUUACUAUUGGCCUAGCUUGUAAACUUUUUUUUUAGCCGCUUAUUUGCCAGCUGUGAACUCUUUUAUAAGUGUAUGAGAGACGCCUAUUGUUGGGAUAAACUUCGACAACAAUAUCUCAUAAGCAAGGCUUUGUCAAUCCAGAUCUCAAUAGAAAUUUCUUAAGUAUUUAAGAGUCGCUUUUAAGGUCUCCGAUUCGUUCAUCUUGUAGUUGGUUGCCCACCAUAAGAGCAACGUCCAUGCCCCUUCUUGUCAUGCGAAAAACCAAUUAGUACUUAAAUAUCUUAACAUGCAUAUUUGACAUCCUUGUGUUCGGUUUGUUCUUCCAAGUUCCAGUACAUAUUUAACGUUUUGUAUUAAUAGUCAAUCUAAUUGUAUACAUUAUACAGAAUAUGAAUUUUCCAAUUACUGUACCCAUUGAAAAUGAUUAUAUAGUUUUGUGCAAGUGUAUGUAAUAGGUAGUGGGCAGCUUCUUCACCGAUUUCCUUAUCAGGAAAGCGAUGUUAGCCGAUCUAGUAGUCUGGUAUAUAAAAAUAAAUAUUCAUAUUAUCUUAGAUUUUUUUUUUUGGGAUGAAAGAACCAUUUUAUUGAUUUAUCCAUGUUCGUCUGUCUGUGAGUCUAUCCCUUUGUAUAAAUCCAUUUCGAAGUAUUUCAUUGUAUAUUUAAUGCAAAGCGAGUUUAUCUGUUUAUUUUGUAUCUCCUCCCAAUUCCAUAUCUCGGAAAUUAUAUAAGGUAGAGACUACAAAUUUGGUAUGUCCUCGUGUAGUAUACACAGAUUAAGAAUAUUUCCCUUUCCCUCAAUAAUUGUGCCUCGUAUGGAGCUUUUGGAAGAAGAAGAAACACAAUCGCUGCAUAAAGCAUGCAGCCUACAGCGUAUAUGCUUGUAUGUGCUUGUGUGCGAGUGUAAGUGCUUGUGUGUGAGUGUAAGUGUUUGUGUGUGAGUGUAUCUAUGAUUUACGUUUGUGGGUAAGAAAGGAUAUUCGGACGCAUAUUACGGCAGCUCGACGGUGGGUACAAGGAUACUUUCGACUAGAGCACUCUUGUUUUCAAGUGUUGUUGCUCAUCUGAUGGCUCAUCGAUGGGUUCGAUGUAUUAAGAUGUUAUGAAGCGGUUAUUUUUAUUAUGAUUGUAAAUUUGGGUGGUUUAUUAACAGUCUGGAUUGGAAGUCACAUGAGAAAUCUAAUUCUUAUCAGCUCCUAAUUUUUUACAAGCAAAGUGCAACCAAAUGAAAGCAACAUAAGCUAAAGAAAAGAGAGAUAUUAAUGUAAAAUGGUAAAAAAAAAAUUCAUUAUAAUAUAUACCUACAUAGAUAAAUUAUCUUAACUGAGUACACUAAGUAAUAAUGCAGUUUAAAUAUUAAAUAUAAUAUUAAGAAAAGCUAGAGUAAAUGAUAACUGAAGUAAAUUUAAUAAUUAUUAAUUAUGAAAAUGACUUGUAAUUUAUAUACAAGAUAUACACAAACAUAUAACAUAAAUACCUGCCUUCAACAAAUUU